AAUGACAUGUGCCAUAUUGUAUCUACACCUGGGAGGGCUGAGGGUGCAGAAGUUUCAUUCAAGGAACUUCUCAAGGAAAGGGUGCAAAAUUUAAUCAACCAAAAUCCAGAAUUUGAUUUUGAAAAUGAAAGUGUUAAAGUUAAAAUAUCAGGGGAUGGGGCAAGGAUGACUCGCAAUACAACCUUUAUCAUUCUUUCUUUUGCUUUGUUGCAAAAUAACAGUCAUUUAAUGUCAGCAAGGGGAAAUAACACAAUCGCCAUUGUGAAGGGCUCAGAAAAUUAUGAAACACUGAAGGAGUCAUUUGCUAAUGUUUUUUCAGACAUAAAUGAUCUAAAUUCAAUGACCAAAAUCACAAUGAAUGGGAAAGAAAUAAAACUUGAAUUAUUUUUGGGGGGAGAUUAUAAAUUCAUUUUAAUCAUGUUGGGUCUCAAAGGUGCCACCUCUUUCUAUGCUUGUGCAUGGUGCAAAGUUCACAAAGAUAAAAGAUGGGAUAUGAACCAUGAGGAAGAUUUUUACAAUAAGCCACCAUUGCAAAGAACACUAAAAGAAUUAAAAGAAUUAUCAAAAAAGGGCAGAGAAAAUUUUUGCUGUGAACAUGAGCCUCUAUUAAACAUUGAGUUAGAUCAUGUAAUUUUAGACGAAUUGCACCUUUUGCUUAGAGUAGUUGAUGUGUUACUAAAUAAUUUACUGGAGGAUGUAUUACAGUGGGACAAAAAAGAUGAUUUAAAUAAGAAAAGGGGAGAAAAGAAAGGUGUUCAUCGAGAGAGGCUGCAGGCUGCAAUACGCUCAUGUGGGGUUAGUUUUGAUAUCUGGAAAAAAACCAAUGCUGAUGGAAAGGGAUCAGGCACCUAUGAUUUUACAAGUUUGCUUGGGAAUGACAAAAAGCAACUCCUGAGAGAGCUCCCAGGCAAAAUUUUAAGUGUUGUUCAGACUUCAACUUCAAAUACUGUCAAGAAAAUAUGGGAAGACUUUAGGGAACUAUAUACAUUUAUUGGAAGUGGUCAAAAUUCAGAUAAGCAAAUUACAGAUUUUUUUGAAAAGGCUAAAAGCUGGGUAAACCUUUUCAUUUCUCUAAGAGACAAAAGAAAGGGCUAUGAACGUGCACGAAUAACACCGUAUAUCCAUGCUAUGGUGUUCCAUAUCCCCAAGUUCUUCAGGACCCACAAGUCUGUAAAAAUUUUCACAGGGCAGGGUGUGGAGAAAAACAAUGAUUAUGCUAGAAACAUUGUAUUACAUAAAUCAAAUAAAUGGGAUGCU